UUAAUUCAUGAUUGUUUGUCGCGAUGAGUCAGAGGUUCAACACACUUUAUAAUGUACUUCGGUAAUAACUAAUUAUAGUAUUUGUCAGGCUUGUUUGAUUUCUAAAAGAGGAGUAACGUAUAAAUACAGGGCCACCCUCUACCUACGGUACUUCUGAAGCAGAUCCCAGCUGACUACAGUUACUCGGGCUAUACCGGAACUACACGUUGUCAAGUAAAGUACAACAACCAAGAUGGCUGCUAACUUCACCGGAAACUGGAAGCUAGUUGAGUCGCAGAAUUUCGACGAAUAUCUGCAGGCCCUUGGCGUGGACGCCGACAAGCGGAAGAUCGUGGUGAGCGCCAGUCCUCGUCACGAGAUCCAACAAGACGGUGACAGUUUCACGGUCAAGACCACCGGCCUCCAGAACAAGACUAUCAGCUUCAAGCUCGGAGGACAGUUUGAGGACGAGUUGCCUUCGGGCAAAGUCAAGGUCGUGCCUACUUUAGUCGGAGGCAAGCUGCAUUUUGAAAUCGAAGGACCGAAGGGAAAGAUGACCACCGACCGGGAGAUCCGCGCAGACGGCCGGCUCUACAUGGUGAUGACGGCUGGGAACGGGACCACCUGCACCAGGAUCUUCGCCAGGGAGUAACUAUGGAGACUUGUUACCAUGGACACCCGUCACCAGGGCAACGGGUGUAAACUUACCGGCAUGCUGAUUUUCCUGUUUUUAUUUUCUGCAACUUCGUGAAUAAGACGAGCAAAUCAUUACGUAACUAACCACCCACCUUGAUUGUAGCAUAAUACGUAAGGGGUUCUUCUGAAGUCAGCGUAAAGCGAUGUCAGGACCCCCAAUGCAGACCCUCUUGAAUAGCAACACUAGUGUAUGUGGCAGCUGGAACAUUUUGCAACUGCAGUAACCAUAGCAACUAGCAAUGUUAACAUGCAGUAACUAUAGCAACUAGCAAUGGUCACAGUCAAGGCAAAAGCAAGAGCCUAACCUCUGCUUGGAGAAUAGCCAAGGCAAGUUUGACUCACGGACAAACCGUUAGUAACCAUGGCAACUAGAAACACAGGAAACAGCUUCGUUGACAGUGUAAACAAUCAUGUGACUGGUUUUCUCACGAAACUUUGGCAAAAUAAA